AUGUCAGACGAGGAACCUUCGCUGAACAUACCCUCACUUCUGACCUUAGCGGUUGUAUCAUACUUUGUUAUCCGGUGGUUCUUUAAUCGCGAUGAAAGCGCCGCGGGAGGAAGCCGAGGUCGGGGGCGUGGCAAUGUUGUCGAUCCGGCGCAGGUGGAACAGAUCGCGCAGAUGUUCCCUCAACUAAGCACUCGAGGUAUAAUGUGGGAUCUGCAGCGUAAUGGGGGCAGUGUCGCCGCAACAACAGAGAGGAUUCUGACUGGACGGGGUUUGGAAACGCCUCCUCUUUCGUUCCAACCUCAGGUCGCAAUCCCCCCAACCAACAUUCCGCCGACCCAGACCGCUACGGCCGCAUCCGCGCCCAAAGCGGACGCACAGGACUUGAUAUCUCGGUAUAAUCUGAGCGCAAAGGCUGAGAGCCCUCCCGCAGAGUCACGAUCCGAGGUACCUUCCAAGUCCACCUGGUCUCAGAACAAGGAAGAGCGCCAGCGGAUACUUCAGAAGCGUCGAGAUGAUAUGAUUUUAGCGGCGCGGAGGAAGAUGAUGCAAAAGAACCAGGGCGAUGCCCAAUGA